UAUGUGCGUUUUUAUUCACUUUGCAUUGGAAUGUCUUCCAGGCGAGACUGAAACACAUAUCAUGACUAUCGUUCACUGCUACCGAGUUUCAAAUGCAAAGUGGGGCGAUAGCGUAUCAAAAGCCUCCUGUUAUUUCAUCCGGCAUCAGAAUUCGACGGGUUGUUAGCAUUCUUUCUGUCCACUGAAGGACGCAAUGAUAGGAUAUCAGCAUAAACAGACAACCCCGUAAAAAUGAUAUUACUCAGUUUGCCAUUGAAUGGUAAUGGAUUGUUUCGCGGCCAUAACUAUCGAUAUCCCUUUGAAUCCUAGUUAGCCGUAUUACCCUCAAACCUGCUUAGAGCUUCGCUUGAUUUUCAUGUUCAAUUUCAGGAAAACGCACCAGCAUAUGGUGAAAUAUUUUAUAUUAUUUUUUCAUAUUAUUCUCCCAAAAUCACUUGCAUUACAAUCUCUAACUUCCUUUCUCUCGAUCUGCUUUUCGUCGUGACUGCUCUUUCCCUUUAGCGUGUGUUCUAUUUGUGAAAUAAGUUUACUCUCUGAUCUAGAGAUGACACCCGGUUCAUUUGGCUCUUUUUGAAUCUGCUUAUUAAAAAAAAACCAAAUACAAUAACUGGAGUUAGGUGAUGUACCCCUGACGCAUCCAUUCGCAAAACAAUUGCGCACAGCGUAGUCAGCGCUGUUUAUAUAUGUAAUUGCAAUAAACGCACAACUGACCAGUAAUUAAUAUUUUAACAUGGUUAAUUUGUUUGGAUGAUCCUUAUACAAGGUAAUGUCGAGGAUUUCAUUUUUUUUAUGCAGCAGGCAACUGGCGGUCCGAGGCAAACUAAGAUGACAUACGCUGGGGAAGUAAGUUUGCCUGCUCCGUUCAAAUAAAGUUUAAAGCCGAAUGAGGAAGAAAUGUAACCCCUGUACAGUCAGCUAUGGAAAGUGUGGAUACGCCAGAGUCCUGCGGGAUGUUUAUUCUCAAGACGAUGGGGGAAGCAAUGAGUUAAAGUCAACUUCGUGGGCUAAAAUGAAAUCAGUUGGAUAUUUUAUAACCAUCAAUAUUAAAGUUUAGUUGGAGGCUGAAUAACUUGAGCCAACUACAUACCACGAUAAUGUCCAUUUGUGUUUCCUCAUUCCCUCACUAUUCACUCGGGCCCCACACUGCGUUCAAAAAAUGGAAGUGCGUUUUAUUGGUCCGUUCAGUCUUCCUUAAAAGGUGUAAGUGAAACAAGAUUCGAGUGGGAUUUUUCCCUCCCUCUCUCUCGCUCCUCUUGUCCCUGAGCGGUUGUCAUGUGAUAAUGAAGAGCAACAAAGCGCUGAAGGGAGCUGCAGGGGUCUGUGCAUCUGUGAUCACAACAAGCCUCGUUAGCUCACACAACGCAAGUGUGCACUUCUCGGCCUCUUUAUCUCCUAGUGAGACAGCGCGAAGCUUUUUAACCCGCGUCAACAUCUCCGGGAUCUUUCAGCAGCACACUAGACCAGCAUCUGUAAUCGGGCAGCACCAUAGCAUUGCCAGGUUUUAUGGAAGCGCGGGCAACUCGAUCGGCGUCCGACCCCUCCCUCAGCUUCCUGAGCGAGGUGCUUUGGUGAAUGUUGUACUUGUGACUACUGCUUUCCCAUUCACAGCCUAAAAAUGCCUCGUCCGGGGAAAAAUUCCUACAGUGACCAAAAGCCUCCUUACUCGUACAUCUCUUUGACCGCCAUGGCCAUCCAGAGUUCCGCGGAGAAGAUGCUUCCCUUGAGUGAGAUUUACAAAUUCAUCAUGGACAGGUUUCCUUAUUACAGAGAAAACACGCAGCGGUGGCAGAAUUCUCUCCGCCACAACCUCUCCUUUAACGACUGCUUCAUUAAAAUCCCGCGCAGACCAGACCAGCCGGGCAAAGGCAGUUUCUGGGCUCUUCAUCCCGACUGUGGAGACAUGUUUGAGAACGGCAGCUUCCUCCGACGCCGCAAAAGGUUCAAGGUGCACCGGUCAGAACACUUCAGCGCUAAAAAUUCACAGAUGAUCCACUAUUUCCAGCAUCACCACCAACAACAACAGCAACAGCAACAAGCCAAGUUGGGACUGGCCUCGCCGGAGACUGCCCCGGCAAUGGGGCGCUUGCCCCACUUCCAGCCAUAUGGAGUCAACGGGCCCCAGUCCACCGGAUUUAAGCACCCGUUCGCCAUCGAGAACAUAAUUGGACGGGACUAUAAAAACAUGAUGGCCAGCGGACUUCCUUUAGCCUCUGUAAUGCACCACCUUGGUUACCCCGUCCCCAACCAGCUCAGUAACAUGGUGGGAUCCAUGUGGCCCCACGUCGGCGUCCUUGACUCCAUGGCCCCCAUGCCGGUAUCUCCGAUGAAGACGAUCUGUCACCCUGGCACACAGACAAUGCCAGCCGUUCCUGUGCCCAUCAAACCCACAGUGUCCCUGGCAUCUAUCUCCGCGAUGACAGCCCCGGGAGCGCUGCCUGGCAGCCCCACGCAGAUCUGCCCGGCAUCUUCGUCAUCCUCCCUGCAUCUAGAUCAGACUCGAUCAGGUUCCACCCAAGGCAAAACUAACUCCUUGCACUCUAUGCUCGUCCAUUCCUGAGGGCGAAGGGACAGAAGUGCGAAUCAGUUUUAAUAGGCGAACAAGUUGAUGUGAAGAGGAAGGAACUGCGGAUGCUGGUUUACACCGAAGAUGGAAACAAAAAGCUGGAGUAACUCAGCGGGUCAUGCAGCAUCUCUGAAGAAAAGGAAUACGUGGCGUUUGGGGUCGAGACCUUUCUUCAGACGGAGUCAGGGGAGAGGGAAACGAGAGAUAUGAAAAUGUACAUAGAACAAAUGAAUAAAAGGUAUGCAAAAGAACAAAUAAAUCGUUUGGUAACUUCGUCACUCGCUUUCUCCGCAAUCUCCCCCAUUCUGUAACCGCGAUUAUUCCCGAAUUUAAUCCCUCCUCUCACUGGAGGCCGUGACCAAGCAGCUGAAUUUCAGA